AUGCAAAUGCCGCGCCCUCCUCCGUCCAAUCCGCAGCGGCCGACACAUCGGGCGCCGUGUUUGUUUCUUCCCGCCCAAUCAAGCAGCGCGGUGACUUCCGGCUCAGCCCAAUCAGCAGAGUGGUCGCAUCCCGUUCGCUGUUUCUUUCCCUCCGACCAAUCAGCGACCGGGAAUCUCCCACGUGACGCAAAACAGACCAAUGAGAACGCUGGGCCGCGGCGGAGCUCUGCCCUCCCGCCCUUCCCACGUCUCGAUGGUUGCGGAGAGGGGAAGAAGAAGGAGGAGGAGGGGGGGUGGCCAGAUGGCGGCGACGCCCAGCCCGGAGGGAGCGGGGACAGGAGCCCGCGGGGCCGGGGCCGCGCCCCCGAGGAGGAGCUCCCCGGGCUGGAGGCAGCCGAAGUGCGGAGCCGCUUGGAACGGAGCGCUCGGCAGUUCCGUAACCGAAGGAAAGUGUUGAUCCGGGGGCUGCCGGCGGAUGUGGGCAACCAGGAAAUCCACGAUUUGCUGAGCGACUACGAGCUCAAAUAUUGCUUUGUGGACAAAUACAAAGGAACUGCCUUCGUCACCCUCCUCAAUGGAGAACAAGCAGAAUCUGCCAUCCGCAAAUUCCACCGGAGCAAACUCCGGGACAAGGAGAUCUCAGUGCAGCUACAGCCAACGGACGCACUGCUCUGCAUCGCCAACCUCCCUCGCCUUUACACCCAGCAGCAAUUCGAGGAGCUCGUCCGUCCUUUUGGUAACCUGGAACGUUGCUUCCUGGUCUACAGCGAAGAAAACGGACAUUCCAAAGGCUAUGGAUUUGUGGAAUACAUGAAGAAGGAUUCAGCGGCGCGAGCCAAGUCGGAUUUGCUUGGGAAGCAGCUGGGGACACGGACUCUUUACGUCCACUGGAUGGACGUCAACCAGUUGACAUCAGAGCUGCUGCAUUCCAAGUGUUUGGUCGUGGAUAAGUUACCCCAUAGUUAUUCCAACCUGGAAGAGCUCCGGAAUGUUUUUUCCACCUCUUACGCUCCUGCUUUUUGCCAGCUUGCAGUGGGGCAGGACGGGCAACUGAAAGGCUUCGCUGUGCUGGAAUACGACUCGGCCGAGCAGGCGGAGUGCGUCCAGCAAGCCACAGAUGGGCUCCCGCUCGCCGGGAAUCACAUCCGUGUCUCCUUCUGCGCUCCAGGCCCUCCCGGACGCAGCAUGCUGGCUGCCCUCAUCGCUGCGCAGGCAACGGCGCUGAACCGUGGGAAGGGGCUCCUGCCUGAGCCAAACCUCCUGCAGAUCCUCAACAGCCUCGGCAACCCCGCAUCCCUCCAGCUGCUCCUCAAUCCUCUUCUCCACGGAGCCGUUGGAGGCAAACAGGGCAUCCUUGGCGCUGCCCCCUCUGUGCCGCUGAUGCCCAAUCCUGCUCUCUCCACGGCUCUGCUCCAACUCGCGCUCCAGAAACCAACUCCUUUCCAGAAGCCGGGAAUCCUGGGCGACUCGCCGCUGAGCUCCCUGCCCCAUGGCGCCCUGGCUUUGGCUAACGCUCCGGCACAGCCCCCGAGUCAGCUCCUGGGAGAGCUCUCCUCAGGCGGCCCCAUUCCCGGUGAUCUGGCACAAGGCCACGUCAAAUCCCCCAUUCUGCCAUCCGGGAAUGUCGCGCUCGCUCCAUUCUUGGCCCCGGUGGGAGCGGAGCGGGAGAACGCAGGGCUGGGGACAUCGGUGGCUCCGUUGAGUACUGCCGCCAUUGCCCCUCAGCCUCUCCAGGGCCUCGGUGGUUCCGCACUGGUAUCCGGUUCCGCACUGGUAUCCGGUUCUGCGCUGGGAUCCGGUUCUGCGCUGGGAUCCGGUGUCGGCACCAUCCAGAAGCCGAAGCUGAGUGAGAACGCGCUGCCCACCGCUGGGGUCUCGCUUCUGGGGGAGCCCCCCCAAAGACUUCAAGAUCCCCCAGAACCCCUACUUGAACCUGCAGAGCCUCCUUCCGGCCACCAAUCUCGGAGGCACAGCCACCAAAGGUUUUCACCUCAAAAGCGGCAUUUUGGGGAGUGUCUCCAAACCUCGUGUCUCUCAACCUUCAUUGACCGAGCCGUUGCUUCCCUCGCCCGGAGAUGGUUAUGCCUUACCGGUGAUUUGGGCGCCAGGAUUUAUCCCCAGAGCCGAGACCAUGCCGGAUCCAUCCUGGGAUCCUUCGGACCCAGGCACAAGCUCUCGUCAUCAUCGGGCUUUGACCGUGGGAGUUUGGGGCCCCCCCUGCCCCCCUUUUACUCAGGAUCCCCCAGUUCCUACUUCACCAGUGGCCUUCAAGCUGGGCUCAAGCAGAGUCACAUCAGUAAGGCGGUGCCCCCGUCGGGCUCCGCAGACGCCGUCCUUGCCUUGGGGACCCCCCAGUCCUUGCACAGCCCCCACGCCAAGACCCCCGGGGGGGGCCACAAACGCGCCUUCUCCCACCUGCUACCGUCGCCUGAGCCGAGCCCCGAGGGCUGCUAUGUGGGGCAGCACUCGCAGGGCCUGGGGGGCCACUACGCCGACUCCUACCUGAAGCGCAAGAGGAUAUUUUAACAUCCCCCUCCUCUGGCCUGUAAAUUUGUACAAAUUUGGUUCAUUUGCCUGGUUUUUACCAUUUUUCUCCUUUUUUUUUGGGAGGGGGCUGAUUUCAGCAAAGUUUUUAAUGUGAGACAAAGGAUUCCAACCCUUUGGAUUGGGGCGGGGUGUGUGUUCUUGCCCCCCCCCCCCCUCCUUUUUUUUGUGUCCUCCCCUCUUUUCUUUCUUGUCCCCCCCCCCCCUUUUCCUGUGCUUCUCCCCAAAUUGGGGGAAGGAGGUUCCCCAUUUUGGGGUGAGGGAAGGGGUCCCACUGCCCCCCUCCUUUCCCCAACCCCCUUUUUUCCCUUCCCAGGGGGACCAGGCUGAACCCCCCACUUCUCUUCCCCAUUUUCUUUGAGGGGGUGUGUGUGUAUUUUUUGUUUUCUUUGGGUUUUUAACGACCAGAGCUGCCCCCCAUUUUGGGGAAAAGUCACCUUUUUUUACUUUUUUAUUGCCUUUUUUUUUAACUGACCUCCCACUCCCCAAUUAUUGGAGUGCAGCCCCCCCCAGCAGGCGCUUUUUCUGGGGAUUGGGGGGGGUCCCUGUCUACUAUUUUGGGGGGCCUUUGCCUUCUUUAUGCCCUCCCCCCUCUUUUAUUGGGGGGGCGGGUCCUGGUUUUGAGUUGUUUUUACUCUCACCGCU